CCUGAGGCAGGCGGCAUUCCGACCGGCAUCACCUAUCCACAUCUUUCUCUCUCUCUCUCCUCCUCACCGGUGGUCGAGCUCCCCGCAGCCCGUACCUACCUGCCCCCAGUCCCCGCCGCCCCGCCUGCCCGACGGCGCGCGGCUUAUCCACCACGCCAUCACCACCACCACCUCCGCCGCUGGGCCGGAUCGAUCCGGAUCGGGAUCGCGCCGCCGCCGCUGCCCUCCGCACUCGCGGGGUCCUGCUCCUACCAUGCAGCAGCGCUGCGCGCUUGCCCGACCGCGCCGGCCCGCCGAACCGCGCGUCCCGCUCCCCGAAGACCACCCCUUCGUCGCCGUCUUCUCCUUCCUCUUCAUCCCCACCUAAACCAGCCUCCUCCUCGCCGCGAAAAUUCUGCUAGAAUCUCCUCGAUUUCUCUCUCGUCCGCCGGGAGCGGACGGAUCGCCGCGUCGUCCUCGGCCGCCGGCGGGGAGUAUGAGCCGGGAGGCGCAGAAGCUCGACUCCGCCGCCGGCGACGGCGCGGUCGGGAUCGGGGUCCUGUCGCUGGACCUGCUGGGCCAGGUGCUGGACCGCCUGCGGGAGCCCCGGGACCGCAAGGCGUGCCGCCUCGUCAGCCGCGCCUUCGAGCGCGCCGAGGCCGCGCACCGCCGCGCGCUGCGGGUGCUCCGCCGCGAGCCGCUCCCGCGCCUGCUCCGCGCGUUCCCGGCACUCGAGCGGCUCGACGUCUCCGCCUGCGCCUCGCUCGACGACGCCUCCCUCGCCGCGGCCGUCGCCGGCGCCGGCGGCGGGCUCGCGGGGCUCCGCAGCGUCUGCCUCGCGCGGGCCAACGGGGUCGGAUGGCGCGGCCUCGAGGCGCUCGUCGCAGCCUGCCCCAGGCUGGAGGCCGUCGACCUGUCGCACUGCGUCAGCGCCGGGGACCGCGAGCUCGCAGCGGUGGCCGCGGCUGCAGGGCUCAGGGAGCUGAGGCUGGACAAAUGCCUUGCUGUCACCGACAUGGGGCUCGCCAAGGUGGCUGUUGGGUGCCCCAGGCUGGAGAAGCUCAGCCUCAAGUGGUGCCGUGAGAUCUCUGACAUCGGAAUUGAUCUGCUGGCCAAGAAGUGCCCCGAGCUCCGCAGCCUCAACAUAUCCUACCUCAAGGUGGGUAAUGGAUCCCUUAGAUCAAUUUCCUCACUCGAGAGGCUUGAGGAAUUGGCAAUGGUUUGUUGUUCAUGUAUAGACGAUGAAGGCCUGGAAUUGCUGAGCAAGGGGAGCGAUUCGCUGCAGAGUGUUGAUGUGUCAAGAUGUGAUCAUGUGACUUCCGAGGGGUUAGCUUCACUGAUAGAUGGUCGCAAUUUUGUCCAGAAGUUAUAUGCUGCAGAUUGUUUGCAUGAGAUAGGACAACGUUUUCUAUCCAAGUUGGCAACACUGAAGGAAACCUUGACAAUGCUGAAACUCGAUGGUCUUGAGGUCUCGGACUCUCUUCUUCAAGCCAUUGGUGAAAGCUGUAACAAAUUGGUUGAGAUUGGACUUAGCAAAUGCAGUGGUGUUACAGAUGACGGAAUCUCAUCUCUUGUAGCUCAGUGUAGUGACCUAAGAACAAUUGAUCUCACAUGCUGCAAUCUCAUUACCAAUAAUGCGCUUGAUUCAAUAGCUGACAACUGUAAGAUGCUUGAAUGCUUGCGGUUGGAAUCAUGCUCUUUGAUAAAUGAGAAGGGACUAAAGCGAAUUGCAACUUGUUGCCCCAAUCUUAAGGAGAUAGACCUCACUGACUGCGGAGUGGAUGAUGCAGCAUUGGAGCACUUGGCUAAAUGCUCUGAAUUGAGAAUAUUGAAAUUAGGCUUAUGCUCAAGUAUUUCUGACAAAGGCAUUGCGUUUAUUAGUUCAAAUUGUGGAAAACUUGUGGAGCUUGAUCUCUACCGGUGCAACUCUAUUACUGAUGAUGGGUUGGCAGCUUUAGUAAAUGGAUGCAAGAGGAUUAAGUUACUGAACUUGUGUUACUGCAACAAAAUCACUGAUACUGGUUUGGGUCACUUAGGCUCCCUGGAGGAGCUCACAAACCUUGAAUUGAGGUGCUUGGUCCGCAUAACAGGCAUUGGGAUCUCCUCAGUUGCAAUUGGAUGCAAGAGCCUGAUAGAACUGGACUUGAAACGAUGCUAUUCAGUUGAUGAUGCUGGGCUUUGGGCCCUUGCUCGUUAUGCUUUGAACCUUAGACAGCUUACGAUAUCGUACUGCCAAGUCACGGGGUUGGGCCUGUGCCACCUGCUGAGCUCCCUGCGGUGCCUCCAGGACAUUAAGAUGGUGCACCUCUCAUGGGUCUCCAUAGAAGGGUUUGAGAUGGCACUGCGAGCAGCCUGUGGGAGGCUGAAGAAGCUGAAGAUGCUCUGUGGGCUGAAGACCGUGCUGUCCCCCGAGCUCCUCCAGAUGCUGCAGGCAUGCGGCUGCCGAAUAAGAUGGGUCAACAAACCUCUUGUCUACAAGGACUAAACUCGUGGUCCUCAUCAUUUGUGCAGUGUCACCAUCCGCAUGGAUUGUCAUGAUCUCCCAGGUUCUGCCCUGGCUUACGUUGUGAGCCAUGUGAGAUAUUCCGCAAUAAUCGUUGGGGCGCUUAAGCUCCUGUCCCCAAGUUGUGGUUAUGGUGUUUGCCUCUUGGGCACAUCUUUGCGGCAUCUGUCGUCGCUGCUCCAGUGUAUGUACACUGAGGCAUGGGUAAUAUUCAUGUGUAUAGCCUGCAGUGGGAUGAUCCACUUUCUGGGAUUAGUUAGUCUAUUUGUUACUUCAUUCCGCAUGGUUUGAGCCUUUGAGAUGAAAGAAUCAUAAGGGAUAUGACCGAUGCUUUGCAUUCACUGAUUCUUUCUUGCUUUUGAUUGACUGGCAGUAUCUUAUCUGA